GAAAAUGAGGAUUUAUCGUGUACAUUAUCUGAUUUUCCUUUCAUUUUUCCAAUCAAACUCGGUUAGUGGAAGACAUCCAAUGUGUCACUUCCAGUCUGAGGUACGGUUGGCAGAAACGGAAUGCCGAAGGAAACUGGAGGAGGAACAGCCAGUGCACUUAAAUGGCUGCAACGGCACAUGGGACAACAUAUCGUGUUGGCGGCACGCUGAGGUUGGGGAGGUGGUGGUCAAUAGCUGUCCAGUGGCGCUAAAAAACCUCUUUGGCAGAGAUGGGAACAUAAGCAAAAACUGUACAUCUAAUGGUUGGUCAGACGUGUAUCCAAGCAUCAACAGUGUGUGUGGGUCUGAUACAACUGGCACAGCUGAUACAGGACAAAAUAAGCUGGUGUUUUACACUGUGAUGAAGACCCUGUACACGCUGGGCCACAGUCUCUCUCUGAUUGCCCUCAUCACGGGCAGUGCCAUCUUGUGUCUGUUCAGAAAGCUCCAUUGCACAAGGAAUUACAUCCAUCUGAAUCUGUUCUUCUCAUUCAUCCUGAGGGCCAUUGCAGUGUUGGUCAAAGACGCCAUCUUGUUCUCCCAAAACGAAAACACACAGUGCAAUGAACAGCCCUCGCUUAUUGGAUGCAAAGCCAGCCUGGUCUUCUUUAACUACUUCAUCAUGGCCAACUUCUUUUGGCUGCUGGUGGAAGGCCUGUAUCUGCACACACUGCUAAUGGUCAUAUUCUCUGAGAACAGGCACUUCAUCGUCUACCUCCUCAUUGGAUGGGGAUUUCCAACCAUAUUUGUGAUUGCGUGGAUCAUGUGUAGGAUAUAUCUGGAGGACACAGGAUGCUGGGAGAGAAAUGAUGCUCCGAUUCCAAAAAGUGUGAUCAACUGGCCCAUUAUGACUUCUGUUAUAAUAAACUUCAUCCUAUUCAUCAGUAUCAUAAGAAUCUUGAUUCAGAAACUGAGGUGUCCUGAUGUUGGGGGAAAUGAUCAGUCCCAAUACAGGAGACUGGCAAAGUCAACAAUGUUGUUAAUCCCACUCUUUGGUGUGCAUUAUGUUGUAUUUGUGUAUAUAACGGGGAACGAAAACGAAGCGAUGGAACAUUACAAAAUACUCCUUGAUCUCGGCUUGGGAUCCUUCCAGGGCUUCGUUGUGGCUGUUCUCUAUUGUUUUCUGAAUAGCGAGGUCCAAAGCGAGUUGAAGAGGAAAUGGAGGAGCGUAUGUCUGAAACGUUACAUUGGACGAGACUACCGACUCCAUAGUUCAUCCAUCUCGAGGAACGGCACCGAGAACAUGGCUCAGUUCCAGCGCAUCUCCAGGGCCCAGUCCUUCCUACAGACAGAGACCACUCUGGUGUGA